UACAACGACGAAAGGGAAAGGGAAAGGGAAAGGAAAAUGACAUCCUAAUCGGGAGCUUUUCACACGAAGGCGAUUAAUUUCUCUGUUUCUUCGAAUUCGAAUCCUCUUUCUGUCGCUCUCAGAAUUUCACCAGCUCAAGAUUCUUUGAAAUCUUUUCCUUUUCUUGCUUUUGCAGACACUCCCUGCUGUGUUAGCAAAGCAGUAGCAGAGAAAGAGAGAGAGAGUUCCUAGCCAUGGCCAAAAGCUCCUUCAAGCUCGAACAUCCCCUUGAAAGGAGGCAGGCAGAAGCUUCUCGAAUCAGGGAGAAGUAUCCUGAUAGAAUACCGGUUAUUGUGGAGAAGGCUGAACGAAGUGACAUACCUGACAUUGACAAGAAGAAAUAUCUGGUUCCUGCUGAUCUGACUGUUGGGCAGUUUGUAUAUGUAGUCCGGAAGAGGAUAAAGCUCAGUGCCGAGAAGGCUAUAUUUAUCUUUGUCAAGAACAUCUUGCCACCAACUGCUGCCAUGAUGUCUGCUAUCUACGAGGAAAACAAAGAUGAGGAUGGUUUCCUUUACAUGACGUAUAGUGGCGAGAACACUUUCGGAUCUUUCUGAGUGCUGUCAAGCUGAAUUAUAUAUGUAAAUAAAGCUUUUAAGACUCAGAUUGAGAUUAUGUACAUUCUUUGCUGUCAGCUCUUAUUACUUCAUCCCAACUUGGCAACUUUGAGGCUCUCUCUUAAGAACUCGGUUCAAGACUUCAAGUUUAUGCAGUAAAUAUAAUGUGGUUUCUCCUUGCUCUUGCAAUAAAUUUUCUUGUAGACCUAUAAUUGUAUAAUGAUGACCCUUUAGGGUGGAUGCCUGUGUUGCAUUUGUGUUUCCAAACUUCUUGAAUAUAUUAUUUGAAACUUGGCAAACUUGAUGGUA